AUGAUAAAAGCUAUAAGUGAUGCAGAUUUGACAGUAAAUUCAUCACCAUUUAUAACUUUUACCAUAAAUGAUAAAUGGCAAAAAAUUGAACUUAGUAAAUCUACUCAACUUACUUUAAUAAACCAUGAUUUAACUGAUCCUGAUAGAUUAACAAUAAUAAAUGUAAAAGUUGUUACACGUAUAUUAAAUAUCGCUCAGAUUUAUCAUUUGGAAAUUCAAGGCAAAUAAACUAAUAUGACAGCACCUGUGAGUGCAUAUGCUCAGCGCAUGAUUCGUUUAAGUCAACGAAUCUUUACUGAAUAUCCUAAAAUAGUAUUUUCAAAAAAACAACAUCAAGAACAACAUGAAAAAUUUCUUCGUUUUCUUGACGAUCGUCCACAUACAGCAGGUGUACUUGUUUCAAUGAAUUAUUAUCCACGUUAUGGAGAAAUGUAUCAUUUAAUGGAAGGUUUACGUGAACAUGGUCUUUUUAGAAAUGAACAUCGUGAUUUUAAAGAAGAAGUCGUUCGAUUGCGUGUUCUUCGUGGUAAACAACGUAAAAAUAUACGUCUUCUAUAUCCAAAACGUAUGCCUGAACUUGCACCAUGUUGUAAACCAUCAUCUAAAAAAUGA